AUGCCCAUCAUUAGUAAACUGUUUUUUAGUGUUUCCAUUGGGCUGUCUGGAAUUGGAUAUAUAGCUCUUGAUGUGACACAUUAUCGAACUAAUCCAGACCAGAGCUUUCUGGAUGCAGCAAAGCACUAUGUGGUUCUCCGCAGCAUGGCCAUAUAUGGAGAGCUGAUGAAAAAUAAGUUGGAAGAAGCAACUAGAAAUAUAAAGAAGGCACAAACAGAUUUUCUGAUGAAUCAACUACAGGCCAACUUGGAUACAGAAUACAGCAGAGAAAUGAAGCUGGAUGAGGUGAGAAGUGUCAAGGAUUUCCUGAGGACUCACCCCCUGACCACCUACUCAGACUACUCAAAAAACAUCAGCAGAAUGAUGAGUGGGGAGAAGAAAGUGCUCACAUCCAGCUCUGUUGACAUCUUUGCUGUCACAUCUGGCACGUCUGGUGCUAGUAAUAUUAUUCCUGCAGUGUCGAAACAGACAAGAAUAUUUUUUUCACAAGGUGUGUCGGUGAUGCUCCGAUGCAUGCUGGAUGCCUACCCAAACACCAAGCAUUUGAAUAAAGUGUUCAGGAUAUUCUACACCCCAAACUGGCGCUACACCAUGGAUGGUGUACCAAUAGGACCUAAUGCACCAUCACCCGACAGGUCCACCUGGCUUCAUCACAUGUACACAACACCAUCAGCUGUCUAUGAGAUCAGGUCCGAGCCACCAGCUCUGUACCUCUACCUCCUGUUUGCCUUACUGGACCCACAUGUGGGAAUGAUAGAAGCCAAUUUCUCCACUGGGAUCUUCAAUGCAUUUGCUACCUUGGAGCUGAAGCUUGCACAGCUCACCACAGACAUUGAACUUGGGAGAAUAGACCCUGACUUGAAAAUUGACCACGUUCUAAGGAAAAAACUCAAUAGUUUGCUGGUACCAAACCCAAAACGAGCCAAUGAAAUCAGAGAGGCAGCAGAGUUGGGCAAAGACAAUUUGGCACAGAGGAUAUGGCCAGAGCUCUGUCUUCUGAUAGCUGCAGAUACUGGGACAUUUGAUUUAUAUGCUACGAGGCUGCGAGAAAGUUAUUGUAAAGGUGUGCCACUGUACUCACCUCUGUAUGCUGCAUCCGAGGGCUUGCUGGGGAUCAACAUCUGGCCUAAAGAGCUUCCUUCUCACUACCUGCUUCACCCCCAUGCUCAGUUCUUUGAGUUUAUCCCUGAGCACAACAUGGAUGAGGAGCAGCCUAACACUUACCUCAUGCACCAGGUAAAGGAAGGCUCCACCUAUGAACUAGUUAUCACCAAUCCGAGUUGUUUGUACCGCUACAGGUUUGGGGAUGUUGUAAAAGUGGUUGGCUUCCACAAUCAGUGCCCAGUUGUUGAGUUUAAAUACAGAAAAGGUCAGUUCUUAAAUGUCAGAGGAGAGAAAGUAUCGGAAGCCUUAUUCUACGAAAUCUUGAAGGGCACGAUUACAAAAAUUUGGAAAGAUAUCAAACUGGCAGACUAUUGUUGCACAGAAAGCAAUAUAUUGGAUACAAUGGAUGUCCCUGACAAAUAUAAAACAUCACAGCCUUGUUACCAUGUCUUUGUGGAGCUGGAGAAUGAUGAUGGCAGUAAGGAGGUUCGCUCGGUGUCCUCAGCACAAAAGAAAAUGCUUGAUGACGCCUUGAUGGUACAUUCACAUCUGUACUCAUCAUUUCGAUAUAAGGGCACCAUUGAUCCUGUGCAGGUUCAUGUAGUUGAAAGAGGUUCCUUCUUAGCUCUACGACGCUUUAUAUUAGAACAACCAACAGCGGCCUCUAACCAAUAUAAAGUUCCUAGAGUGCUCAGGAAACAGGAAGCUGUGAAGUUUAUACUGGACAGGGUGGUGGAGUAG